GCUUCUUCAUCCAGAGAUAGCUAGAUUUGAUAAACAUGGAAGAAUGGCAGAAAAUAAGCCGAUUUUCAAGCGCUCAAUUGUCUAAUUUACAUUCCAUAUUAAAGAGGAUAAGACAAUUCAUGCCAACCGCUAACUAAUAUACCAUUUCUUCUCCCUCUGUCUCUCUCUUUCAUACACGCAUUAGCAGAUCAAGCAUUCUAAUUCCCAUUUCCAUUGGCCUCGCAUUUCGGCUUUUCAGGCCUCUCUCUCUGGUUCCCACCAUAGAGGAGGAGUUAUGGAGUCUCAUAAUGUGAAAGAGACUCUUGAUUCACCUAGGGCUGGUUCUCCAGACAGCACUAAUGGAAAUGUUAACAGUGAGACUCAGGAUACAACCAGUGAUGAUGUUGAAAAGAAGGUUGCAAACGUUAUUGGAAGAAGUAGAGGUGGAAUCUCUGGCUCUUGGUCAUCCGAGGAUAUUUCUUCUUUAACCAAGGAGAAUGAGGAGGGUAUUAAUGAAUGCUCUCCAGGAGAAGCCCUUGUGGAAGGCAAUGAUGGAUGCUCUGAUGUAGAGGAAGGUGUUCUGCAUGGCUUAAGAAGCACAGAAUCUGAAACAGCUUUUUCCAAGGCUAGUACUUCUGACUCUGAAGAUCUCCACCAACGCCGCCGCUACAGUCCUCUAUAUUUGUCUGGCUUCUUUGGUAUGCUGAAAAAACGAUCUGGAAUAAAAUUUCAAGCUUUCCCUUAUCGAAUAAAUGUCCCCAAGAUCCCCGGAAAAAAAUCAAAAAGGAUUACAGAUACCACGACUCUGUUACUGAAUCCUCCUUUGGAUGCUGAACUAUAUUGUUUGAGAUCUUCCUGGAAGAACUUUUCCCUCGAGGAACUCCAAAAUGCAACCAAUGGCUUCAGCCCUGAGAAUUUGAUUGGGCAAGGAGGCUAUGCUGAAGUUUUCAGAGGGGAAUUGCCAAGUGGGCAACUUGUUGCAAUAAAAAGGCUAACAAAGGGUUCCACUGAAGAUAUGGCAACAGACUUUUUAUCUGAGCUUGGAACUAUAGUCCAUGUUGAUCAUCCCAAUAUUGCUAAAGUGAUUGGUUAUGGGGUUGAAGAAGGCAUGCACCUUGUUCUGCAAUUAUCUCCGCAUGGGAGCCUGGCAUCAUUACUAUAUGACUCAAAGGAAAAACUGAAUUGGAACAUCAGAUAUAAGAUUGCUGUGGGGACUGCCAAUGGCCUUUCAUAUCUUCAUGAGGGAUGUCAAAGGAGAAUUAUCCAUAAAGAUAUCAAGGCUUCGAACAUAUUGCUCUCAGAGGAUUUUGAGCCUCAGAUUUCUGACUUUGGGUUGUCAAAAUGGCUACCGGAUCAGUGGACUCAUCACACUGUAUCCAAAGUCGAAGGCACAUUCGGUUACCUUCCUCCUGAGUUAAUCAUAGAUGGCAUAGUAGAUGAAAAAACAGAUGUUUAUGCUUAUGGAGUACUACUAUUAGAGCUCAUCACCGGAAAGCAAGCUUUGGACUGUUCACAGAAAAGCCUUGUAACGUGGGCCAAACCUUUGAUCCAAAAGAAUAACUUGAAGGAGCUGGUUGAUCCCACACUAGGCGACGCCUAUGACAUGGAACAAUUGCAACGGUUGGCCUUGACAGCUUUCAUGUGCGUGCAUCAGUGUUCAGACAAUCGACCCCAAAUGAGCCAGGUUCUGCAACAUUUACAGAGUGCAGAAGGCCUAUUGGAACUUGUUGAGGAAAGCCUGAGCUCGGAAAGCUUUAUCAGGACAGACUCAGAUGAGCUUCUUGAUGCCAAUGAAAUCAACACAUCCAUGAGCUUAGAUGAUCUGAAUCGACACAUGGAGAUUGUUUUGGGAUCGCCUACUGAUAUUUAAAACCCAAAUUCACCUUCGAAAAUAUCAGCCCUGGAGCAGUUCAGGAUUCUGGGAACCUGAGAAACCAAACCAAAGUUGAUCGGAAAAAAUAAAACCAAAUGCACAAACUACUUUAUCUAUACAAACUGACAUGACAACAUUUUGCUCUGACAACAUUGAAGGAGUGAUAAGGUCUAUUUAUAUAUAUACAAGUUCAUAAAAAAUGUCUGUACAUAUAAAUUUGCUUUUUUAAAACUCCGAGAGCAAUAGGGUUUAGUCUUUGAAUUCUGUCUGUGUAAACAAAAUAUGAGCGAAGAAGAAACCUGAACUGAGAUUGAUUAUAAAUUUAUGAUUUUAGGAACCAAUUUUUUUUUCAGGAAAUUUGUGUCUUACAAGAUUAUUAGAUAGUAAAAACUUUUCUUUUUCA